AUGGAGCUACUGUAUUGCAUCUUGGAAGUCCUGCGCAAAAUGACCUGGUCUCUUCCCGCCACUGCAGACGUGAAUCGCAACAAAUUACAAAAAAAACGCCGCGACCGGCAGAUCAAGAAAAUAUACUCGCGGGAAAUGCUCAAUGUCGUGCGAAAGUCGUCCAUGGCAUUGUGUUUGCCCGGCCAUGACGCUCUAGCCCGCGUAACGCUGGCCUCGCCCGAUCCACAGUUUGCGCGCCUCCUUCACCACCGAACCUCGGAUCUAAGUGAUACCUCCUCAGUCAGUCGUUACUCUAUGGACUUUAUGCAACAACAAACCUUUCGCCGCACCCGUCCCAAGACCCCCAUCCUUCGCGUCGGCCAGCUCGAAGAUCUCGCCCAUCAGGCCGAUAGUCACGCAUGCCAGCUCGCCGAAGACUAUCAGGCCCUCCUACCCCUCUCGUCUUCAACUGACCCCAAUCGUAAUAAGUGUCAGCCUGCACGCCGUCUUCGCAAGGUUAAAUCGCAAACAAGUCUGCGUGACCUGAGUCGUAAUCAAGCUGAAGCCCAAGCCAUGAUAGCUGCUGCCGCUGCCGCCAUCGACUCUGAUGGAGAUUUGGAUACACUUGUCGGCUCCGAGCCAGCCUCACCUGACACGAAGCAACACAAAAACUUCUCCCCUCCCACGCCCCUCAAGAAAUCGAGCUGUGCAUCGAUGCAGACCAUGCACGACGACACCGACAUCGGCUUGAAGAUUUGUGUCGACCUUCUUACCAAUGAGCUGGCCUCCAUUCUCUUUCGCCAUCACCCAAUUGAAGAGAGUGAUCGAGCCUCCGAAUUACAGAUUCUUCUGAUGAUUGAAGCCUAUGAAACCAUACAGAAGCAGAUUCAUGAAAAGAGCAUGGGUCCAAACGUUACCGCAGGCCACAUACGCGAGCUCGAACAGCUGCUGGACCAUUGGCUAGACGUUCUCUACAACCUAUACGGUCGUUCACAGGACACCAACGUCACCGGGGCCGAGAAUGAGAUUGGCGGAUGA